AUGGAGUGGUACAACGAGGCACUGCGCUUGGCACGGCAAGUUUUCGAACGGCUGCAGGCACAAACAAAUUACGUCUUGGAAUCGCCGAUGUACGUGAUGAUCAAGUCCAACAAGAAUGUUGCUUCGCUGAGAGAGCAAAACGCGGCCGGAGACGAGGAGGAGGAUUCAAUCUGUGAGUGCAAAUCGUCGAACACGGACCAGUGCGGGCUAGACUCGAACUGCAUCAACCGGGCGCUGCUCGUGAAGAGCAAUCCGAAGUUUUGUCCAGCUGGCGAAAGUUGCCAGAACCAGUGCAUAAAACGGGAGCAGUACCCGGCACUGGCGGCCCAAUGGAUACCCAACAAGCGGGUCAUCAACAACAAGGAGUUGGCGCGGCGGAUAAAGCAAAAGCAGGAGCAAAAGAACAAAAAUGUCAACUUUCUGACGGUGGACUCGAAGCUGACGAUCGACGCGGGGCCCAAUUGCAACUUGACCCAGUUCAUCAACCACUCGUGCAAGCCCAACUGCGAGAUGCUGAUGUGGAAGCUCACCUUCAACUACAACUUUGAGACGUUUGGUGAUCAGAAGAAGAUCUGCCAAUGUUGUGCGAGCAAGUGUCCCGGACUAAUCGUCAGCCAAGGGAAGGAGAACUGCAAUGAGGAGACCACAACGGUCUUGCGCGUCUUGCAGGUGCAGAUUGCAACUUGGAUUACCUACUCGAGUGCUCAAACGCCAAGAGUGACGACGACGGCGGCAACUACAGCACCUCCGCCAACCACGCCUGCGGCAAAGUACCAAGCAAAUAUUGCGAUAUUGACCACUCGAUGA